CCGAACCGGUCGCGGAUUGAGCUCGGACAGAUAUGAACCAAUUUCGGCUGUAUGCUGAGCGCGAACCCCUUCGAAAGCGAAAGUGUAACGUAGUCCUACAGAGCCCGCCAUUUUUUUUCUUCGCUCGGCCGCUCUUACCGCAUAUAUAUAGCGAAGCAACGAGCAACACGCAUCAUUCGCAUUUAGGACCUUGCUGGCUUCAGUGCAACCACAAGUACAGCAUCAUGAGACCAACGCUCGUGGCCGCCAGUCUGGUGGCUCUCCUGGCCUUCGCUUAUGCUGAAGAAGCUAAGAAAGCAGAAAAGGAAGUGGCAGUGACCGACGAACAAUCCGUGUCAGAGGAUAAGAAGCACGAAAAACGUGGACUGAUUGACGUUGGCUGGCACGGGGGCUUCGACGGCGGAUACGGAGGCGGACACGGCGGAUAUGGCGGAUUCGAAGGUUACGGCGGACACGGCGAGGUCCACAAGACCAUCACGGUUGUCAAGAACGUCCCUGUUCCUUACCCAGUAGAGAAACACAUUCCCUACCCAGUAGAAAAGAAAGUGGCAGUUCCAGUUAAAGUACCUGUCCCGCAACCCUACCCUGUUGUGAAGCACGUCCCUUACCCGGUUAAGGAAAUCGUCAAGGUACCCGUCCAUGUACCCCAACCCUACCCCGUUGAGAAAAAGGUACCUUACCCCGUACACGUCCCGGUCGACAGACCCGUUCCCUACAAGGUCUACGUGCCUGAACCUUACCCUGUUGAGAAGAAAGUCCAUGUGCCCGUCAAAGUACCAGUGCCCGCUCCCUACCCUGUAGAGAAGAAGGUGCCCUACCCGGUCAAGGUGCCCGUCCAUGUACCCGCUCCUUACCCUGUGAUCAAGGAAGUACCCUACCCCGUCAAGGUUCCCGUUGACAGGCCCUACCCCGUACAUGUGCCCAAACCAGUGCCCUACCCAGUUGAGAAGCCCGUACCCUACCCUGUAGAGAAGCCCGUGCCCUACCCCGUGAAAGUACCCGUCGACCGCCCAGUGCCUGUGCAUGUUGAGAAGCCGGUGCCAUACCCAGUGAAGGUGCCCGUGCCCGCGCCCUACCCCGUCGAGAAGCACAUCCACGUGCCAGUGGAGAAGCACAUCCCCUACCCCGUGCAAGUGCCCGUGGACAGACCCUACCCCGUUCACAUCGAGAAACACGUACCAGUCCACGUUGAGAAACCCGUGCCGUACCCCGUGAAGGUGCCAGUCCCCAUCGUCGUCGGCCACGAUCACGGCCACGAGUAUUAUCAUGGACAUCAUGGUCAUCAUGGUAGCUACUAAGGCUGCAGGAAGACAGCCCCCUGAAUGUGAUAUAACUAUAAGCUAGCACAUAAAACGAACGCGGGUCGUCGAAUACUCGCACGAGGAUAGUGGCGCAAGCCAGAUCCUGUGAGCUGGUGCUCGCCGACCCUCGGUCUAUCGCACUGACGGUAAUACUCUAAUAGUCUCUAUUGUAAUUUUUGUUGUAAUUUUUAUUACGGUUGAGUUGACGUACCUGUUAUUUUUAAGUUUGCGAGAAAAUGUAAAAUGUUGAAAUUACGAAUUGAAAGAAAAAUGUGUCUAUUUUUGUUUAAUGUAAUGUGUUUUGAUGAAAACAAUGUUCUGAAUAAAGUUUGGUACACGCCAGAAGUAUCAUCGA